UUCAAAAAUGGAGAUUCCUUAUCUAUACAUCUCCCUCCUUUUACUUGUAGCAACAUGUAUCUUCACAUCCCACAUUCGCCGUAAAUCCUCAAACCACCCACCAACUGUCUUCCCCACACUCCCCAUAAUCGGCCAUCUUUACCUUCUCAAACCACCACUCUACCGAACCCUAGCCAAAAUCUCCGCCAAACACGGCCCAAUCCUUGGUCUUCAAUUAGGUUUCCGACGUGUCCUCGUGGUCUCCUCCCCUUCUGCCGCCGAAGAGUGCUUCACCAAAAACGACAUCAUUUUCGCCAAUCGUCCGAAGAUGUUGUUUGGAAAAAUCAUAGGUGUCAAUUACACCAGCCUCGCGUGGGCGUCAUAUGGAGACAACUGGCGCAACCUCCGCCGCAUUGCCUCCAUCGAGAUCUUAUCGGCCCACCGACUCAACGAGUUCCAUGACAUACGUGUCGAAGAAACUAGACUUCUGAUACAAAGACUAUUAUUCAGCUCGAGCUCGGCUUCGUCUCAGGUGAGAAUGAAGUUUGCGUUUUACGAACUGACGUUGAAUGUGAUGAUGAGGAUGAUCUCCGGUAAGAGGUACUUUGGCAGCGAUAAUUUGGAGUUGGAGGAGGAAGGUAGGCGGUUCCGGGAGAUACUGGAUGAGUCGUUUGUGCUGGCCGGAGCUUCUAACGUAGGCGAUUACUUGCCGUUGUUGAGUUGGUUGGGUGUGAAGAGUUUGGAGAAGAAGUUGAUUAAGUUGCAGGAUAAAAGAGAUGUGUUCUUUCAGGGGUUGAUUGAGCAACUUAGGAAAUCUAAAGGGGCUGAAGAUGUAAAUAAGAGAAAGACCAUGAUUGAACUGUUGUUAUCGUUGCAAGAGUCGGAACCUGAGUACUACACUGAUGCAAUGAUUCGAAACUUUGUGCUGGUUUUAUUAGCUGCAGGGACUGAUACAUCGGCUGGAACCAUGGAAUGGGUUAUGUCACUUUUGCUAAACCACCCACAAGUUUUAAAAAAGGCACAAAACGAAAUCGAUAGUGUUAUCGGCAAUAAUCGUCUAGUUGACGAGUCGGACAUACCCAACUUACCUUACCUUCGUUGCAUCAUAAACGAGACAUUACGAUUGUUUCCUGCCGGCCCUUUACUGAUUCCGCACGAGGCAUCAAGUGACUGUGUUGUUGGUGGCUACAACAUCCCUCGUGGGACAAUGCUGAUUAUUAACCAAUGGGCCAUACAUCAUGACCCGAAGGUGUGGAAUGAACCAGAAACGUUCAAACCUGAAAGGUUUGAAGGGUUAGAAGGGACACGACACGGGUUUAAGUUAUUGCCAUUUGGGUCUGGAAGGAGGAGUUGUCCAGGGGAAGGGUUGGCGGUUCGAAUGCUUGGAAUGGCUUUAGGGUCAAUUAUUCAAUGCUUUGAUUGGGAACGGACGAGUGAAGAGUUGGUUGAUAUGACCGAAGGUCCUGGACUCAACAUGCCUAAGGCAAUACCGUUGGUAGCCAAGUGCAAACCACGGAAACAUAUGACGAAUCUACUAUCCGAGCUAUGAGUUGAUUGAGGUUUUAUUUGAAAACAAG